UUAGAUUGCUUUCAUUCCAAUUUCCUGUCUUGAAGAAAAAGAAACGAAAAUCAAAGCUAUUUAUACGAAGGGCAGAAGCGAGUCAGAGACUCGGUAACGAGUGCGACUCAGUUGGAACGAAGCAGGGCGAGAUUAUCGAUCGCAGAGAGUUUGCAAAAUGUUUAGGAACCAGUACGACACGGACGUGACGACAUGGUCGCCGGCGGGGAGGCUGUUCCAGGUGGAGUACGCAAUGGAGGCAGUGAAGCAGGGGUCGGCGGCGAUAGGUCUGAGAUCGAAGACUCACGUGGUCCUCGCGUGCGUCAACAAAGCCAAUUCCGAGCUCUCCUCUCACCAGAAGAAGAUCUUCAAGGUCGACGAUCACAUUGGCGUCGCCAUCGCUGGCCUCACCGCCGAUGGCCGCGUUCUCUCCCGGUAUAUGCGCAACGAGUGUAUUAAUUAUAGUUACUCUUACGAGUCUCCGCUCCCCGUUGGCCGCCUCGUUGUUCAGCUUGCCGAUAAAGCGCAGGUUUGCACACAAAGGUCAUGGAAAAGGCCUUAUGGGGUUGGUCUGCUUGUAGGAGGGUUGGAUGAGUCUGGAGCUCACCUCUAUUAUAACUGCCCAAGCGGUAACUACUUUGAGUACCAAGCUUUUGCCAUUGGAUCACGAUCACAAGCUGCAAAAACAUACUUGGAGCGCAGAUUUGAGACUUUCAUGGAUUCUUCACGAGAAAGUCUGCUCAAGGAUGCACUGUUUGCACUGAGGGAAACCUUGCAGGGAGAAAAGCUGACAAGCUCAGUAUGCACAGUUGCUGUGCUAGGAGUAGGAGAGGCAUUCCACAUAUUGGAUAAAGAAGCUAUACAUGCAUUAAUCAACGAGUUUGAGCUAGCUGUUGAUGACGCCCCUGCAGCCCCCGAAGAAGGUGCUGCUGCUCCGGAGGAGGGAGCCCCUACUGCUGAAGGCGCCGCUCCAAUGGAUAUAUGAUGAUGUUCUAUCUUUUAGUCAUUCUCCUUUCAUUUUAAGAGAUUUUAUGCUGUCACAAUUGGAGUUUGUUGAGAUUUGGACCCUAGAUGGUACCACCUGGUUAUUUGAAUGUUUUCUUAUGCAAUCCAUCUUUUGUUUAAUUGGUCCAGACUUUAGCAAAGUGUUCUGUUUAACUCAUUAUCUAUAUGAUAAUCCUCAAGUUUCAUUAUAA